UAGGAAAACCUAAUUCAGUCUGCAAGCGAACUCAUCAUGUCUGGCAGAGGGAAAGGAGGCAAAGGACUGGGCAAAGGCGGAGCCAAGCGGCACCGUAAAGUGCUCCGUGAUAACAUCCAGGGCAUCACCAAACCGGCCAUCCGGCGUCUGGCUCGCCGUGGCGGCGUCAAGCGGAUCUCGGGUCUGAUCUACGAGGAGACCCGCGGGGUGCUGAAGGUUUUCCUGGAGAAUGUGAUCCGGGAUGCGGUCACCUACACUGAACACGCCAAGCGCAAGACGGUCACUGCCAUGGAUGUGGUGUACGCUCUGAAACGCCAGGGCCGCACUCUCUAUGGCUUCGGCGGCUGA